UGGACUUGUGAAAGGCGUCAGACGUCCACUCAGCACAUGUUCCCCGUGUCUUGGCAAUAAAACUUCACUUCCAACUCACACAGAAGGCGUGAGCAAAAAAAAGUGCAAUCUCAAUAUAAAGGGCUGUCUAGUGCAGUGUGACCAUUACCUGCUCUGACAGUGAGCCCACAUUGGUAACAAUGAGGUGGAAGUGCGUGUGGUUGUGUGUCCUUGCUUUGUCUGUUGCCAGUGUCAGCGAUGUCCAAGCCAGACUGGGUAAGACUCUAUACUGCGUGGAUGGAUCAUUCUUCUUUAUUUAUACAUACAAAUGAAUAACGUAUUGCACAUAUUCUUUCCAAUAUCAGUCAUGUAGAGCAUUUAAUAUCUGGUUUCUAAUCUUCCCCAGUUCCGAACCAUGUCAGCAGCAUCUGCAGCACAUGGGGCAGAGAGCACUUUAAGACGUUUGACGGCGAUGUGUACCAGUUCCCCGGCAUGUGCGAGUACAACCUGGUCUCCGACUGCCACGAGACCUACCGGGAGUUCUCCGUGCACAUGAAGAGGAAGAACAAAGAUGGAAACCCUACAGUCAGUCACGUGCUGGUCACCAUCGAUGACCUUUUAUUCUACCUCACCAAGGACAUGAUCACUGUGAACGACCUCCCUGUCAACACGCCAUACUACGAAGCAGGGGUGCAAGUGGAAAAAAAUGCUGUGUACAUCAAGCUCCAAUCUAAAAUCGGCAUCACUGUCGUGUGGAACGGUGACGAUGCAGUCAUGGUGGAACUGGAUACUGAUUAUGCAAAUCGUACUUGUGGACUUUGUGGAGACUUCAAUGGUGUUUCUGUCCAAAACGAGUUCAUUCAUAAUGGUCGCAAAAUCAGUCCCAUUGAGUUUGGCAACAAACAGAAAGUCCAUCGUCCAAAUGAUGAUUGUGAGGACCCGUACGAAGAGGAAGAUGAGUCACAGGAGGCUGUGCUGGAUUCAUGCAAGGAGUUUCAAACCAUCUGUAACCAGAUGCUACGUUCAAAGUCCUGGAGCUCCUGCACCAACCUGAUAAACCCUGAACCAUACAUCCAGGCCUGUGUGAAGGACAUGUGCGGCUGCACCAACAGUACAAACGACUUCUGUGUCUGCAGCACACUGUCUGAGUUCUCUCGACAGUGUUCCCAUGCAGGAGGGCAGCCUCCCAACUGGAGGACACCUCAGUUCUGUGCUAAACAGUGCCCAUACAACAUGGUUUAUGAAGAGAGCGGCUCCCCUUGCAUGGAUACAUGCACACUCCUAGACACAAGUUCACUGUGUGAGGACCACAAAAUCGAUGGCUGCUUCUGUCCUCCUGGAACCGUGUUUGAUGAUAUUUCCAUGAGAGGGUGUAUCGCUCAAUCUGAAUGUCAGUGCAAGCACAACAAAAUCUAUAACUCCGGUGAGGUUUACCGACAGGACAGAGUGGAAUGUACAUGUGUCGAGGGUAGAUGGGCUUGUAAGAGCCUUCAAACACCAGCUACAUGUGCAGUUGAAGAGGGUUCACAUGUAACUACCUUUGAUGGGAAAGCUUACACCUUCCAUGGAGACUGUUACUACACCCUCGCCAAAGUGGAAAGCAAGGGUCAUGCAAGUCCAAAGUUUACCAUCCUGGUUCAGUUGGUGCCAUGCGCAAAUCAAGAGUCUGACACUUGUCUUAAGAGCCUUAAAAUCCUGCUGAACAAUGACAGAAACAAUGUAUUGAUGUUCACCUCUGAUGGCACAGUAAAGCAGAAUAUGCAGACCGUCAGCUUGCCGUACCACACAGGUGAUGUCGACAUAUUCCAUGCUUCAUCCUUCCACAUCAUGCUCCAGACCAGUUUUGGGUUGCAAAUUCAGAUCCAGCAUGUGCCUGUAAUGCAAGUCUACGUCAGCCUGGACCAAAGCUACAGAGCAAAGACACGUGGUUUAUGCGGGAACUACAACAUGGUCCUGUUUGAUGACAUGAAGACUCCUCAGGGCAUCGUGGAGGGAACAGCAGCAACGUUUGUUAACUCCUGGAAGGCUAACCUCAUGUGCCGAGACAGAGAGGAAAGACUUGAGGACCCCUGUUCCCUCAGUGUUGAAAACGAGUGGUACGCUAAACACUGGUGCGCCUUGCUACUGAGUCCAGAAGGCCCCUUUGCGCAGUGCCGUUCAGUGGUGGAUCCUGAGAUAUACUACAAGCGGUGUACGUACGCUAGCUGUAACUGUGAGAAGAGUGAGGACUGCCUGUGUGCCGUCUUCUCCUCCUACGCUCGGGCUUGUGCUUCCAAGGGAGUCUUCUCGACAGACUGGAGAGCGAAUGUGUGCGAUAAAUACACAAGCAACUGCCCAGCGUCUCAGAUCUUCUCUUACAAGCAUCAGAGAUGCCAGCUGACGUGCAGAUCACUGAGCACAAGGCAGCAAAGUUGCACUUCUGACUUCUUGCCUGUGGAUGGCUGCUCCUGCUCUGAGGGUUCCUACCUAAAUGAACACGGCAUCUGCGUCCCCGUGGAAAAAUGUCCAUGCUACCACAACGAAGUGUACAUCAAGUCAGGAAAGUCCAUCAACGUCAGAGACGAGCACUGUGUGUGUACCAAUGGAGUGCUUCAUUGCCAUUCUUGGAGAGUUCGCACAUCAAUGUGCCGGGCUCCAAAAGAGUUCUUCAACUGCUCUGCUGCGGGCUCAGGGGAUCUGGGACUGCACUGCGCUCGAACUUGUUUAAAUCUGAACAGCGAUGAUUGUGAAUCCACAGAGUGUGAAUCUGGGUGUCGGUGUCCAGGUGGCCUCCUUGAGGAUGGCAAAGGUUCCUGUGUGAAAGAAAAUGAAUGUCCAUGUCAGCACGAUGGGCAAAUUUAUGCCCUUGGAUCACAAAUCCCUGACCAUUGCAACACCUGUACCUGCAAAAGUGGAACCUGGGAGUGCAGUGAGAAAAAAUGUCCACAAACUUGCGUUAUCUAUGGGAGUGGUCACUACAAUACAUUUGAUAAGCGAACAUAUGGGUUCAAUGGACAUUGUGAAUAUGUUGCUGUUAAGAACAAAUGUGGCAAUAAAACAGUGCAGGACAACUUUGGAAUUAUCACAGAAAAUGUACCAUGUGGAUCUACAGGCACCACAUGCUCCAAAACUGUCAGGAUCCAACUGGGGCGAAAGGAAAUCAAACUAUUCAAGGGUAAAUAUGAAGAGUCGGACCUGGGACAAGGCGCUGAGAUUGAGUACAGAAUAAGGAAGGUUGGCUUGUAUGUGGUGAUAGAAUCUGCCAUUGGACUGUCAGUGAUGUGGGAUGGCAAAACAACUGUUCGCGUCAUACUGGAACCACAGCACAGCGGAGAGGUGUGUGGCCUGUGUGGAGAUUUUGAUGGCGAUGGGGAGAACGACUUCACCACCCAGGGUAAUCUGGCAGUGAGCAAUCCAUUAGAAUUUGCAAACAGCUGGAAGGUGUCAAGCCAGUGCCCAGAUGUAGAUAUGAAUGUUAACCCUUGUGUAUUAAAACCCAACCGACAUCACUGGGCAAAGAUGAUGUGCAGCAUUAUAACUGGAAAAACGUUUCAUGACUGCCACAAAAAGGUAGCUCCCGGUCCAUUUUAUGAAAACUGUGUGAAAGACUCCUGUGCCUGCGACACUGGAGGAGACUGCGAGUGUUUCUGCUCGGCAGUCGCAGCUUAUGCUCAAGCUUGUAAUGAGGCUUCUGUCUGUGUUGCAUGGAGAACCCCAGAAAUCUGUCCUGUCUUUUGCGAUUAUUACAACAGACCAGAUGAAUGCAAGUGGCACUACAACCCUUGCCACAAACCUUGCUACAAGACCUGUCUGAAUCCAAAAGAAAACUGUAGCAAACCUUUACCCAACCUGGAAGGCUGUUACCCUGUAUGCCCAGAUGAUAAGCCCAUAUUUGAUGAGGAGACCGGGAUGUGUGUGGAAGAGUGUGGCUGCUUUUACAACAACACUAGAUACGAUGAAGAUGAAGUAAUUUACAAUGUGACUGACAAUAUGGGACUGUGUUACUAUGCAAUAUGCAAGAAUUCAACAGUGAUAUAUGGAAAUGAAUCUUGCCAUGGCUCAACAACGACAACAACUGUUUCCACCACUACACUUGUAACACCAACUGAAUUUACUACUACAACUGAACCACCAACCACGACAACAAUAUCUACUACCACAACAAGUGAACCUACUACUACAACUGAAACACCAACCACGACAACAAUAUUUACUACCACAACAACUGAACCCACUACUACAACUGAACCUCUAGACACGACGACACCAUUUAAAACCCCAACACCGUGUCUUCCAGAGUGUGAGUGGUCAGAGUGGUAUGAUGUGCAUAACCCACGAGUGGACCAAAGUGACUGGGAAACAUAUGAAAACAUCACAAAUAGUGGUAAACAAAUAUGUGAAAAUCGCAAAGAAAUUGAGUGUAGAUCAACAGAUUAUCCCAACAAACCCUUCAAUGACUUUGUGAGCCAGACUGGCCAAGUUGUUACUUGUGAUCUGGGAGAGGGUUUAAUAUGUAGAAAAGAGGACCAGAACAGACCUCCACGAAAGUGUUUCAACUAUAAGAUCAGAGUAUGUUGUGAGGUAUGUUUUACCACAGCCCCACCAACCACAACAACAGAAUCCACUUCUACAACUGAAACACCAACCACGACAACAAUAUCUACUACCACAACAGCUGAACCCACUACUACAACUGAAACACCAACCACAACAACAAUAUCUACUACCACAACAGCUGAACCCACUACUACAACUGAAACACCAACCACAACAACAAUAUCUACUACCACAACAGCUGAACCCACUACUACAACUGAAACACCAACCACAACAACAAUAUCUACUACCACAACAGCUGAACCCACUACUACAACUGAAACACCAACCACAACAACAACAAGUGAACCCACUACUACAACUGAAACACCAACCACAACAACAAUAUCUACUACCACAACAACUGAGUCCACUACUACAACUGAAACACCAACCACAACAACAACAACAACUGAACCCACUACUACAACUGAACCACCGACCACAACAACAAUAUCUACUACCACAACAACUGAAUCCACUACUACAACUGAAACACCAACCACCAUAACAACAACAACAACUGAACCCACUACUACAACUGAAACACCAACCACAACCACAACAAGUGAACCUACUACUACAAUUGAAACACCAACCACGACAACAAUAUCUACUACCACAACAACUGAACCCACUACUACAACUGAAACAUCAACCACAACAACUGAAACCACUACUACAACUGAAACACCAACCACAACCACAACAAGUGAACCUACUACUACAACUGAAACACCAACCACGACAACAAUAUUUACUACCACAACAACUGAACCCACUACUACAACUGAACCUCUAGACACGACGACACCAUUUAAAACCCCAACACCGUGUCUUCCAGAGUGUGAGUGGUCAGAGUGGUAUGAUGUGCAUAACCCACGAGUGGACCAAAGUGACUGGGAAACAUAUGAAAACAUCACAAAUAGUGGUAAACAAAUAUGUGAAAAUCGCAAAGAAAUUGAGUGUAGAUCAACAGAUUAUCCCAACAAACCCUUCAAUGACUUUGUGAGCCAGACUGGCCAAGUUGUUACUUGUGAUCUGGGAGAGGGUUUAAUAUGUAGAAAAGAGGACCAGAACAGACCUCCACGAAAGUGUUUCAACUAUAAGAUCAGAGUAUGUUGUGAGGUAUGUUUUACCACAGCCCCACCAACCACAACAACAGAAUCCACUUCUACAACUGAAACACCAACCACGACAACAAUAUCUACUACCACAACAACUGAACCCACUACUACAACUGAAACACCAACCACGACAACAAUAUCUACUACCACAACAGCUGAACCCACUACUACAACUGAAACACCAACCACAACAACAAUAUCUACUACCACAACAGCUGAACCCACUACUACAACUGAAACACCAACCACAACAACAAUAUCUACUACCACAACAGCUGAACCCACUACUACAACUGAAACACCAACCACAACAACAACAAGUGAACCCACUACUACAACUGAAACACCAACCACGACAACAAUAUCUACUACCACAACAACUGAAUCCACUACUACAACUGAAACACCAACCACAACCACAACAACAACUGAACACACUACUACAGCUGAACCACCGACCACAACAACAAUAUCUACUACCACAACAACUGAAUCCACUACUACAACUGAAACACCAACCACAACAACAACAACAAUUGAACCCACUACUACAACUGAACCACCGACCACAACAACAAUAUCUACUACCACAACAACUGAACCCACUACUACAACUGAAACAUCAACCACAACAACUGAAACCACUACUACAACUGAAACACCAACCACAACCACAACAAGUGAACCUACUACUACAACUGAAACACCAACCACGACAACAAUAUUUACUACCACAACAACUGAACCCACUACUACAACUGAACCUCUAGACACGACGACACCAUUUAAAACCCCAACACCGUGUCUUCCAGAGUGUGAGUGGUCAGAGUGGUAUGAUGUGCAUAACCCACGAGUGGACCAAAGUGACUGGGAAACAUAUGAAAACAUCACAAAUAGUGGUAAACAAAUAUGUGAAAAUCGCAAAGAAAUUGAGUGUAGAUCAACAGAUUAUCCCAACAAACCCUUCAAUGACUUUGUGAGCCAGACUGGCCAAGUUGUUACUUGUGAUCUGGGAGAGGGUUUAAUAUGUAGAAAAGAGGACCAGAACAGACCUCCACGAAAGUGUUUCAACUAUAAGAUCAGAGUAUGUUGUGAGGUAUGUUUUACCACAGCCCCGCCAACCACAACAACAGAAUCCACUUCUACAACUGAAACACCAACCACGACAACAAUAUCUACUACCACAACAACUGAACCCACUACUACAACUGAAACACCAACCACGACAACAAUAUCUACUACCACAACAGCUGAACCCACUACUACAACUGAAACACCAACCACAACAACAAUAUCUACUACCACAACAGCUGAACCCACUACUACAACUGAAACACCAACCACAACAACAACAAGUGAACCCACUACUACAACUGAAACACCAACCACGACAACAAUAUCUACUACCACAACAACUGAAUCCACUACUACAACUGAAACACCAACCACAACCACAACAACAACUGAACACACUACUACAGCUGAACCACCAACCACAACAACAAUAUCUACUACCACAACAACUGAAUCCACUACUACAACUGAAACACCAACCACAACAACAACAACAAUUGAACCCACUACUACAACUGAACCACCGACCACAACAACAAUAUCUACUACCACAACAACUGAACCCACUACUACAACUGAAACAUCAACCACAACAACUGAAACCACUACUACAACUGAAACACCAACCACAACCACAACAAGUGAACCUACUACUACAACUGAAACACCAACCACGACAACAAUAUUUACUACCACAACAACUGAACCCACUACUACAACUGAACCUCUAGACACGACGACACCAUUUAAAACCCCAACACCGUGUCUUCCAGAGUGUGAGUGGUCAGAGUGGUAUGAUGUGCAUAACCCACGAGUGGACCAAAGUGACUGGGAAACAUAUGAAAACAUCACAAAUAGUGGUAAACAAAUAUGUGAAAAUCGCAAAGAAAUUGAGUGUAGAUCAACAGAUUAUCCCAACAAACCCUUCAAUGACUUUGUGAGCCAGACUGGCCAAGUUGUUACUUGUGAUCUGGGAGAGGGUUUAAUAUGUAGAAAAGAGGACCAGAACAGACCUCCACGAAAGUGUUUCAACUAUAAGAUCAGAGUAUGUUGUGAGGUAUGUUUUACCACAGCCCCGCCAACCACAACAACAGAAUCCACUUCUACAACUGAAACACCAACCACGACAACAAUAUCUACUACCACAACAACUGAACCCACUACUACAACUGAAACACCAACCACGACAACAAUAUCUACUACCACAACAACUGAACCCACUACUACAACUGAAACACCAACCACAACAACAAUAUCUACUACCAUAACAACUGAACCCACUACUACAACUGAAACACCAACCACAACAACAAUAUCUACUACCACAACAGCUGAACCCACUACUACAACUGAAACACCAACCACAACAACAACAAGUGAACCCACUACUACAACUGAAACACCAACCACGACAACAAUAUCUACUACCACAACAACUGAAUCCACUACUACAACUGAAACACCAACCACAACCACAACAACAACUGAACACACUACUACAGCUGAACCACCGACCACAACAACAAUAUCUACUACCACAACAACUGAAUCCACUACUACAACUGAAACACCAACCACAACAACAACAACAAUUGAACCCACUACUACAACUGAACCACCGACCACAACAACAAUAUCUACUACCACAACAACUGAAUCCACUACUACAACUGAAACACCAACCACAACAACAACAACAAUUGAACCCACUACUACAACUGAACCACCGACCACAACAACAAUAUCUACUACCACAACAACUGAAUCCACUACUACAACUGAAACACCAACCACCACAACAACAACAACAACUGAACCCACUACUACAACUGAAACACCAACCACAACCACAACAGGUGAACCUACUACUACAACUGAAACACCAACCACGACAACAAUAUCUACAACCACAACAACUGAGCCCACUACUACAACUGAAACACCAACCACAACCACAACAUCUGAACCCACUACUACAACUGAAACACCAACCACAACCACAACAAGUAAACCUACUACUACAACUGAAACACCAACCACAACCACAACAAGUAAACCUACUACUACAACUGAAACACCAACCACAACCACAACAAGUGAACCUACUACUACAACUGAAACACCAACCACAACAACAAUAUCUACUACCACAACAACUGAACCCACUACUACAACUGAAACACCAACCACAACCACAACAUCUGAACCCACUACUACAACUGAAACACCAACCACAACCACAACAAGUAAACCUACUACUACAACUGAAACACCAACCACAACCACAACAAGUAAACCUACUACUACAACUGAAACACCAACCACAACCACAACAAGUGAACCUACUACUACAACUGAAACACCAACCACAACAACAAUAUCUACUACCACAACAACUGAACCCACUACUACAACUGAAACACCAACCACAACCACAACAUCUGAACCCACUACUACAACUGAAACACCAACCACAACCACAACAAGUGAACCUACUACUACAACUGAAACACCAACCACAACAACAAUAUCUACUACCAUAACAAGUGAACCUACUACUACAACCGAAACACCAACCACAACAACAACAACAAUAUCUACUACCACAACAACUGAACCUACUACUACAGCUGUCACUUCCACUACAAAAUGCUUCUGUAUAGUUAAUGGCAAGCAUCAUGAGCCAGGGAGUAUCAUCAUAAAUAUGGAACACAUUGGAUCAGGUGUAUGUCUCACAAUGAACUGUUCUGAUAUUUGUGAGAUUCAAAACAAAACUGAACUUUGCGGGAGCACGCCCACGCCCACGCCCACGCCCACGCCCACACCCACACCCACAACUCCUCCAGGCUGCCCUGAUUGGGAUGUAGCACAAAAUGAGACCUUCUUUUUGUGCAACUGCACCAUGGCCAAAUGCAUUGAGAACAAUACAAUUGAAAUAGUUCCAUACGAAUGUCCACCACUUAAGAACAUCACCUGUACCAAUGGAGGGGAACCAGUUCUUGUGUGGGAUGAGUACCGCUGCUGCCAGUAUUACGCUUGUGACUGUGUAUGUGAAGGUUGGGGAGAUCCUCAUUACCACACAUUUGAUCGAUCCUACUACAGUUAUCAAGGAAACUGUACUUAUGUCUUGAUGGAAGAGAUAAAUCCAAAAUAUAACUUGAACAUUUAUAUUGACAAUGUCCUUUGUGAUCCCACUCAAGAUGUUUCUUGUCCGCGAUCGAUAGUUGUAUCAUACAAAACGGAAGUUAUCACACUCAUAAAUCAUAACCUUCUUGGAGCAGCACAGUUGGAGGCGCUGAAAAAUGGAGUACGUCUGAAACUACCUUAUCGGCAACAUGAUGUUAAAAUCUUGGAUUCUGGCAUUAACUUGGUUUUGGAGAUCCCUCGCCUAAAAGUGGUCAUUAGAUUUGGAAUAACUGGCUUUAAUGUCUUCCUUCCAUAUCAAAACUUUGGCAAUAACACACAGGGCCACUGUGGAACAUGCAAUAACAACCAGGCUGAUGACUGUAUGUUGCCUGGAGGCCAGCUGAUAGAAAAUUGUGCCAUCAUGGCCGACUAUUGGCCUGCAAAACACAUUUACCAACCAAACUGCCAUAUACCAUCUGUACUGCCCACCGAUGUACCUGAACCUCCACCAACCUUAACUCCAUGCAAGCCAGACUCCAUAUGUCACCUCCUUAAGAGCAGUCUCUUUGCAGCGUGCCAUCCCUUUGUCUCUCCUGACAAUUUCUACCAAGGUUGUGUUUUUGAUAGCUGCCAUGUUACCAACCCGGCAGUGGAGUGCACAAGUUUGCAGACGUAUGCUGCUGCCUGUGCUCAGGCUGGGGUUUGUCUGCACUGGAGGAACCACACCAAGCUGUGUGCAAGUGACUGCCCGCCCAACAAAGUUUACAAGCCAUGUGGUCCUGUGGAACCGCCAACCUGUGAAGACAAUCCUACUGAGCCAACCAUGAACUACACUACUGAGGGCUGCUUUUGUCCUGAUGGGAUGAAACUCUUCAACACAGAAUCUGGCGUAUGUGUUGAUAAAUGUGGAUGUCUUGAUCCUGAGGGCAUUCCUCGUGAGUUUAAUGAGAAGUUUGAGUACAAAUGCCAAAACUGCAUCUGUGAGGAGUCCACCAAGACUGUGACUUGCAAGCCCAAGGACUGCCCAACAACAUCUAUAACAAACUGCACUGGUCCUGGGUUUGUCCUCGUCAACCAAACUAAUCCGUCAGACCCCUGCUGUUCUAUCUUUGUUUGCCAAUGUCACAGCAACAAUUGCCCAGCCAUCGACCCGGACUGUCCGCCAGGAUUUAAACCAAUUGUUAGUGUUCCUGAGGGAAUGUGCUGUCCAGCACGUAAAUGUGAGCCUAAAAGAGUUUGUGUCCACAAAAACAAUGAAUACCAGCCUGGCUCUGCAGUUCCUGGACCUCCAUGUCAGGAUUGUACCUGUACCAAUAAGUUGGACCCCAAUGCUGAUGGUCUAUUUAAGAUAGAAUGCGAGUUUCAGAAAUGUCAUAAAAGCUGUGACUUGGGAUAUGAGUACCAGGAAACUGCUUCAGAUGUGUGCUGUGGGAAGUGUGUGCAAACACACUGUGUCGUCAGUGUUGAUGACAUCAUUCAGCUCUUGAAGCCAGGAGAUACCUGGUCACCACCUGAGAACAAGUGUCUGCAUUACACCUGUAUUAAGGUCGGUGACACUUUAACAACGUUCAAUUCACACAUUGUCUGCCCACCGUUCCAGCAGAGCAACUGCCAACCUGGCACAAUUCAGACUGCCGCAAAUGGCUGUUGUAAGAUUUGUGUGGAGAAGGAGAGGGCCUGCAAGCUAUUACCCAUGAAAACACAUGUUAUGCACAAUGGCUGUCAGUCUUACCAGGAGGUAGAUAUGCCGUAUUGUGAAGGAACCUGCAACACUUUCACCAUGUACUCAGCAGCAGCAGCUGCUAUGGAGCAUUCUUGCUCCUGCUGCAGGGAGAAACGCUCCAGCAAUCGCACAGUUGACUUGCAUUGUCUCAAUGGAGAUGUGGUGCCCUACUCAUACGUCCAUGUGGAGGAGUGUAGCUGUGGCCACUCACUCUGCACCGAACCUGCUGCACAACCUGCUCGCAAGAGGCGAAGCUCCAAACAGGUGUAAUAAAAACAUCACACUAAUGGAUGUGGGAUGUGAAAGUUUCUUCCCAUAUUGUCUUAACAAUCAUUACAUCUCUUACAAAGCAAUCGCCAUUGUAGAGAGACUAUUUACCAGUUAAUCAAAUAAAAAUAUGCAACUCUG